CGGGAUGACAAUAUAUAAAAAGAAAGAAAAUAUUAUAUAGUAUAGAUUAAUUCUAAGCAUUUACCUAUAUUUAAUUAGAAAUGUACAAUGGAUAACGAAGAAGAUCUAGCGUAUGUAUUAGUUGUACUAAUGAUUGGUACAUAUAUAUUAAAAAGACAAACAUCUUUUCGUUGGAUUAAUAGAAAAUAUUGGGUGCGACCAAUUAAUAUAAGACGUCCCAUUCAAGGAGAUUUUGAUCAUUUAUUACAAGAAAUGAAAACUGAUCCUUAUAUGUUCUUCAGAUAUACCAGAAUGUCCGUAAAUGUUUUCAAUCACUUAUUAGAAAUAAUGAAACCAUUCUUAACCAAAAAGAGUCAUCGUGCCUUAGUACCAGAGCAACGUCUUGCUUUAACUUUAAGAUAUCUCGCCACAGGAAAUCAAAUCUUGUCUAUUGCGUUAGCAUACAGAAUUGGAGAAUCUACAGCGAGAAAUGUAAUUAAGGAAACUUGUGCUAUGAUCAUAAAAGCUUUUAUAGGAAAUGGAACUUUCCAAAUUGCUGCGGAGCAAUAGACGGGAAACAUAUUCAAAUACAAGCACCGCCAAAUUCUGGAAGUCUGUUUUAUAAUUAUAAGAAAACAUUUAGUAUUGUUUUGAUGGCAGCAUGUGAUAGUGACUACAAAUUUACGUUGAUAGACUGC